CGGCGGUGCAGCGCGGAUGGUUGUUUUCCUCCGACGCAGCAGCAGCAGUGUUUGAGGAGCAAACUUCCGGUUCUAGUUUUCGUAAGCUGCUAGGGACGAGAGACGGCUAAUUCAGGAAAGAUGCUGUCCCUCUCGCGAGCUCUGGUGAGUGGGGUGGCCCGUGCCCCUGCUGCUGUUAGUCAUAGUGGAGUGAAUGCCAUCACCCGCUACAACAGCACAGCCCAGAGUCCCCCGAAGAAAACAACAUAUGGUCCACUGGCAGAUGAGGACAGGAUAUUUACAAAUCUCUAUGGACGUCAUGAGUGGAGGCUGAAGGGAGCAUUGAAGCGUGGAGACUGGUACAAGACCAAGGAGAUCCUUCUCAAAGGCGUCGACUGGAUCCUUAAUGAAAUUAAAGUCUCUGGACUGCGUGGGAGAGGUGGUGCAGGAUUUCCCACAGGAAUGAAGUGGAGCUUCAUGAAUAAGCCAAGUGAUGGCAGGCCCAAAUAUUUGGUGGUGAAUGCAGAUGAGGGUGAGCCUGGUACCUGCAAGGACCGUGAGAUCAUGAGAAAUGAUCCCCACAAGCUGGUGGAGGGCUGUUUGGUCGCUGGAAGAGCCAUGGGUGCUCGGGCUGCUUAUAUUUACAUCAGAGGUGAAUUCUACAAUGAAUCCUCCAACCUGCAGGUGGCCAUCAAUGAGGCUUAUGCUGCAGGGCUGAUUGGAAGGAAUGCCUGUGGUAGCGGUUAUGACUUUGACGUGUUUGUCAUGCGCGGUGCUGGCGCUUACAUCUGUGGGGAAGAGACGGCCCUUAUUGAAUCCCUGGAGGGAAAGCAGGGGAAACCCCGCCUCAAGCCACCUUUUCCUGCUGAUGUUGGUGUCUUUGGUUGUCCUACAACUGUUGCUAAUGUGGAAACGGUAUCUGUGGCCCCCACCAUCUGUCGCCGGGGUGGCUCCUGGUUUUUGGGCUUUGGCAGAGAGAGAAACUCUGGUACAAAACUCUUCAACAUCUCUGGUCAUGUGAACCAUCCAUGCACUGUAGAAGAGGAGAUGUCGAUUCCUCUUAAAGACCUGAUCGAGAGGCAUGCAGGUGGCGUGCGUGGUGGAUGGGAUAAUCUGUUAGCUGUUAUUCCUGGUGGCUCCUCAACUCCCCUCAUUCCCAAGAAAGUGUGUGAGGAGGUGCUGAUGGACUUUGACGGUCUCAUUCAAGCUCAGACUGGACUGGGAACCGCUGCUCUUAUAGUCAUGGACAAAUCAACUGACAUUAUCAGAGCCAUCGCUCGUCUGAUUGAGUUCUACAAACAUGAGAGCUGUGGCCAGUGUACGCCCUGCAGAGAAGGCGUGGACUGGAUGAACAACAUGAUGUGGCGUUUUGUUCGCGGUGACGCACGAACUGCAGAAAUUGACAUGAUUUGGGAGCUGAGCAAGCAGAUUGAAGGACACACAAUCUGUGCACUUGGAGAUGGUGCUGCGUGGCCUGUGCAGGGUCUGAUCAGGCACUUCAGGCCUGUGAUGGAAGGCCGAAUUGCUGAAUUCCAGCAGAAGCAGCAAGCCAGAGUUUAAGUCUUCAAGCUUUUUCGAGCUCCUCUCCACAUUGAUCUGUAUUUGUGUAACCCACAAAAUAUUUAAAAGAAUAAAGUACUCAACAUCAGUUGUUGUAUUGAUUCAUGCUUGUUUAUGUUUGGAAUUAAAGUUGUAUGUACCUAAAAAUGUAUUAUU